GGUACACUGAACUUAUGGCAUCUGAAUUAGAAGCAUAUGUUGGUCGAAUGGUAAAUGUUAUAACAUCAGAUGGAAGAACUAUUGUGGGUACAUUAAAAGGUUUUGACAAUGUUGUCAAUCUUGUUAUCAAAGAUAGUCAUGAAAGAGUUUUCAGUCCAUCCGAAGGUGUUGAACAAGUUCCAUUGGGUUUAUUUAUUAUUCGAGGACAGAAUGUGGCUGUAGUCGGCGAAUUGGAUGAAGAUUUAGACAGACGAAUUGAUUUUUCACAAUUGCGUGCUGAACCAUUAAAUCCUGUUGUACAUUAACUUACUGUUUACAUAUAUGGAAAACAAAUUUCUCUUAUUUUUAAAUUACAAUUAUUAUU